AACUGUUAUCACUAUUUUUUUUUCUUUUUUACUGAUGAAAUAUAUAUAUUUCCUGAGAUAAAACUUUAGCAAUUACCAUAUAUAUAUUUAUUCUUCAUUCAGUUGCUGAAUAUAAGUGAGCAAAGAAUGAUGCAAGCCGAAAGUGUUUUAAAUACAGAAAAGUGCUUUGAAAUAAUAAAAAAAAAUGUCUAUCUCAAUUAUCCAAAAAAUAAAAAUUUUCAUUUUAAAUUUACCCCGCGCAGUGAAUUCGAGGGUUUUUUGGGACAGUACUACAAUCUUAAUGUGAGUUUUAAAAAUAAAAGAAACAAACGUGAAUAUUUAGAUUUUUUUGUAAAACUCCCCCCAAUUGAUGGUCCACAAAAUAAUUUUGUCGAAGAAGGCGAUUGUUUUAAAAUUGAACUUGGACUUUACGUAAAAAUAUUUCCAAAACUUCAAUUAUCGAAGGAAAGGCAACUUAUCCCGAAAUGUUUUUUAGGAUUUGAUAAUUGCCUAGUUUUAGAAGAGAUGGUAAAUUUUAAGUGUUUAGAUAAAUUUGAUUUCUUUUCAUUUGAACAUUGUACUGUUGUCAUGAAAUCUAUCGCUCGGUUUCAUGCGAAAUCAAUUAUUUUUGAAGAAAAAAAGAAAAUCACGGUUUUAGAAUUGUGUUGGAGGGAGAACAUUAAAAUUAAUUUAAAUGAUUGUACGUUUCAAUCAACUUUGGAUUAUUUUGUGAAAAAUUUACUUCAUCUAAUUGAUAAUUCAGAGGAGAUUGAUGAAAAGGAAAAACGAAUGAUGUAUAGAAAAAAAAUUGAAACAAUUGCUUUGAAUCAUUUUAAACAUACGUCACCGAUAAAUAAGGAAAUUAAUGUUUUGGUCCACGCUGAUCUUUGGACAAAUAAUAUUUUGUUUAAAUAUCAAAACGAAAAGGUGAAGCAGUGUUGUAUCGUCGAUUUUCAAAUGGCACGAUACUGUGCCCCAGCUUAUGAUUUACUGUAUUUUCUAUAUAGUACAACAUCAGAAAAUUUUCGCCAAGAAAAAAUGGAUAGUUUACUGUUAAUUUAUCAUCAAACAUUAGAAGAAUGUUUAAUGAAAGAGGCAAAUUUAAAUGUAAAUUUAAUAUUUCCAUUUGAAGAUUUAAAAAAAUCUGUAUCAAAAAUCGAAGUUCAUUGUAUGAUUCAAGCAUUUUCUAUAAUGUCAGUAACACUAUUGGGACAUGAUGCUUCCUUUCAAAGAAUCAAUGAAAAAAUGCCUCUCACAAAUAUUGUUGUAAAUGAAUUUAAAAAUGAAGAAAAAUAUAAAUUCAGAAUCAUGGAUAAUUUAUUUGAUUUGUAUAAAAAGCUUGACGAUUUUGAUUGUUGAAAAUUAUUUUUUUUUUUUUGACAAAUUUGGCUAUAUUUUUGAAAAAUAAAUUUGUAUUUUUAAUA